AUCUAUUUCUAUGGCACCGACGACCUAGUUUUCCCUCCAUUUUGAAGAGUCCUGUAUAACAAAAAGUUUCCAGCAUGCAUUUCUUUCAUAAAAAAUGGCUGCGGAACAAGGAGGAAAAUGGGUACAAAGAAUUCUGGUAAUGCUCGACAUACGCCAUCUCAAGAGCCUGCAAAAUCGAAAGCCAUAUCUCACCGCCAUUCAGCAAUCUGUUGACAAAUUACUGAGAUCUUGUGAUCCAACAAGCUUGUGGGCAUUCAAGCUUUUUGAUUCCUCGCUCUCAUCAUAUCGUUCCAGAUCGGUUAUCGAACAGAAUGUGGGAAAAUGGGCUACUCAUAUCCGCUUCGACUCUGUUCAGCAGAUCCAGAUGUUUAUUUCAGCUCUCAAAUCCCUUGCUAACAAUGCGGACUCUCUGCAACCCUCUGCUCACUCGCGGGUCGAAUCUGUGGCACAGUCGAUGCAGGAGCUUAUUCACGAUUAUGUGUGGGAGCCUGUCAUUAUUGACAAUAACACUCCAGGUAAACAGGAUGUCUUUAGCAAGCACAAGAACUCGAAUUUGGUAGUAUUGUUUUCUUCAGUACCAUGGACCAGGACUGGUUUUGCAGAGUUUAUUAAGGAUGAAAAGUCCUGCACGGAUCUUUCUUCAUUGUCAGAUGAACAAUUAAUGGAGCUUUUUAGCUUGAAGUUUAAGUCUGUAAUUGAAUCCUUUGGAUCUCGUGAUAUUCAUUUUUGUUGGAUUGACAUUCCUCCUCUUGUUUCUCAAAUGAGGGACAGUCCAAAUGAAAUAAGUCAGGGAAAAAUCUUUGAAGUGUUCAGAAAAAUGGGAUGGAGCUUUACAGCUGUGGAUGUUGUUAUUUUGGCCUCAAGAUUCGUGCCCUUUUCCCUAAUCUGGCCUACAAUUGCUUAUCCAAUGGUUUCUUCGCCACAAUGCAGCGCUUUGGCGGAAGUGGAUCUGGACUUGGAAGACAUUGAUGGGAAAGCUUUGGUGUGUAGAACUUGUGAAGUGCAAUGGACUGAACUCACUCAGGCCAAAACUCUGAAUUUACCUAGAGAUGAAAGCUCUUACAAUGGACGAAUGAAUUUUUCUCUUCUGAUUCAGAAGCAUUUGGACAAAAAUUGUAGUGCUGGCCACAUGAAAAUUCAUGUUGUUUUGCCUUUUCCGAUGGAGAAGUUCCUAAAUUUGAGAAAUAUCAUUUCUAGUUGCGUUUUGCUUUCCGGGAUUUCUGGUAAGAAGAAGUAUAAAACAGAUCAUAGUCACGAACAAAAUGAACUUGAAGGAAAUGUUGCCAAGGACAAAAUGGACAGCGACUUACUUGGUGAUGAAGUGCUUAUGAGAUUACAACAAAAAAGUGGGGAAUUUAGGUGCGGAAAGCCUGCUUGGCAGCUGCUUUUGGUGUUUCUAGCACGCAAGAACUUCCUGGCAUUGGUUAACAUUUCUGACAAAAAUAAUCAUUCUUUUGGUGCUGUUCUUGAGCCUCUGACUGUGCACACAGCCCUUCUUCAUGUUUUGGGAACUAAGUUUUCAUUUACGUCUAACAUACCACCGAAGGACAGUAGCUUUGGAGGAGACUGCUCUGAACUAGUUUGCACUAAAGCCCUUGAAACUGAACCACAAGCAGAACCUAAUCUCAAAGGACAAGUUAUUGAUAACUCACGUAAUGCUUGCGAAAGAAGUGAGAUGGAAGUUAAUUUAGUUUAUAAUCAAUCCUUGCCCUGUGAGCGCGAACUAGCACCAGCUAGUAUGUGUUUUGGUGGUCCAAAAGAGUCUGUUCCCUCAGGGCCACUUAGCAACAAAAACAGUAGAGAGCACAAGUCCUCAAAGAUGGGCCUUGACCUUCAAUGCAAUACUUGGGACUCUUUGUAUUCUGCAAUUGUUGGGGGUACAUGUAAAACAGUCUCUGAUGUAAUUCUGGCCACAAAAUUGGAGGAUAGAUAUUUUAAGGGUAGUUGCAGACAAUCAAAAAUUUUAAGGUUUUUGAGUCGCUGGAUGAAGAAGAUAUCAAAAAAGUUGGAUGCAGGCCAGGCCUUUGACAAUUUGUUCAAUCAAGCGGUUUUGAAUUCCCGUCCCACGGAGAAAAAUAAAGCAACUGUAGAUCCAGUUUUCAAGAAAACACCACAGCCUCUGGCAGAGUGUGAACAGUUUUGCCCCAGAUCCACUGCUUUCCCUUCUCUUUCAAAUGCUUCUUUAUCUACCGAGGUUGGAGACUGUGAUUCAGAAACUGUUGAGUUAGAUAAUGAAAAAGCAGAAAAAGCAUUCGCUGAGUCACUGGAUGAAAAAAUGCAGCAUGGCCUUUCUAGCAAAGAAGUUGAUUUGAGAGCUUUAGCACAACGCCUUACAGAUGUUGUAAUCCAACAUGUAGAGGUCCAGCUGGAAGCUGAGCAUUGCUCAUCUACAAAUGUUGCAAAAGCAAGCAUUUUAACUAAGAGAUCCAUUUGCCAUGAAGUGAUGAAGCUGAUUUUGAAAAAACCCAAAGAGUUGGCAGUCAAGUACAAAGAUUGCCCUCUUCCAUUAUCUAGCCAACUUGGCAAUUCUGAUUUUGCUUCUCUAUACACUUCUGAAGACAAGGUUAGAGAACAUGAAUUGCAAGUCUUAUUUCGCAUGGAAAUACUUGCAUCAAAGAUUGCUGGGAGCAUUGAAGAGCAAACAAAGAAUAAAUUAAUAAAAGAAAUCUGCAAACUUCUGGAAAACAUCCAAUUUAACUUGCCAGGAGGAAUAUUUGGUGGGGAGAACCUUAAUGAGUUUGCAAACAGAGUUAUUGCAUCCAGGUAUAUUAACCGACUGGACAUGGUGAUUAGAAAAGCAUACAAGGAUAUGGAAUUUUAUGCAUACGAUGAUUCAGGGGAUAUUUUCAAUUCUUUGUCCAAUGAGGAUAAAGAUGCCGAUAUGCAGAAAAAUGAGCAUGAUGCAGAAACUUCUUCUCAAAAUGAUUUCAUGGCUACUAAUGGUGGGGAAGGGAGAAACGCAGGCCAGAUAGGACAGUCCUAUUGUCAGAUGUCUGCCAUGUAUGAUGAUCAGCAUUCCCUGAAACUGCCACAAGAUGAAAAGGUUUCAAGAAAGCAUUCAGAAAAAUAUCCGGGUGAUGAUUAUGAACGUAGACUUAAGAAAGCCGAAGCAAACAGGGAGCGCGCGCGCAGAUUUGCACAUUUUACAAGCAGAGCUCGAGAUUUGCAACGCGUGUGGGCACCAAAACAAGCCAGCCAUAUGAUCAGGAAGCAAUCUAACAGCCAAAUAAAUCAUUCGAAGAAGAAACAUUCAAAAGCUGAUAAAGGUGAUGUGGUAUAUGAGACUCCAAUGCGAUCUUCAAAGUUGAGAAAAUACAAAGAUGGGAAAGCAGUGGUGGUUGGAAGGAAGGAGACUAAAACUACUAUCGAUUUUGUCGACGAGACGCCAUAUCCAAGAACAAAUUACAGGUUGAAGGCCACUUCAGAUAUUGUUCAUGAGACUCCAUAUCCAAUCUCUAAAGUACAAAAUCACAUGUCAGCAGUCAGGACAGUGGUGGUUGUUAAUCCUGAUUCAAGGACUGCUCCUGAUCAUGUGACAUCUGGCACAGACUCAAAGUUAGGACUUAUUUCAAGAGCACUAUUUGAAAACGAAAAGUCUUUUUAAAGCAAUGCUUUUACCAUCUGCACUAUCUUUGGUGUUGGUCUUAUGGAAAAAUCCAUUUGCAAGAGUUUAUAAUUCAUUUCUGCAUAUUUUGUUAAGUAUAAUAAUUCUUGUAUUAGAUCUGAUUGGAAUUAAGAUUCAUUCAUUGGUGUUAACAACAUUACCUGUUGCAUUAGAAGCGAGUGGAAUUAAGAUUCAGUCAUUGGUGUUAGGUGUUAAGUAUAUUACCUGGAUGUGAGUGGAACUAAGAUUCAGUCAUUAGUUUUCUGCAUAGCAACAUCCUGUUUGCAUCAUAACAGAACUGUAAAUUUUGUGCACAAAAAUUAUUGAUCUAUCAUCUAUGUACUUGUCCUAGAAAUGAUUUUUUUUUUCAAUGUGGGAAUUUGAUAAGAGUGCUUAAAUAUAGGAAAAACUCCGUAGUGUAAUCUCUCAAAGAAUUCCCGGUUACUAAGUAUGAGUCUUGAUAUUGAUCAUUUAUACUAUGAAUGAGUUUAGGAUGGACCAUUCAAGCUCUUUAGAGAUGGGUCAUAGAAGAGAUUCCGUAGUGAUUCUGUUGGUCCAAAAAUAGUAUUCAAUAACUGUGGACCGCAAAAACUCUUCAAAUGCCAGUAUUAUGUAUUAUCAUUUUUAAAACUAAUUUGCUCUGCUGUAUUACAUAGUAUUGUAUGUGGCUUUGCUCGCAUGCUUUUACUAUUUCUUCAGAAUAAUAAAUGUUUGAAUCACUCUUUAUUUUUAUUUAUUGCGUGUAAAGAAAUGCAUGCAACCCCUCCAAAAUAAUAAAAUUCUAGGUUUUCUUGUUGCUGGAUGCAUUCUGUUACAUUGUGGAUCUUUGUGUUAAAUGUCAGAAUAUGACAUUUGGGGAUGUGCCAGAUUAACAUACAACAUCGGCUAAUGGCUAAGUCAAUCUACCUUGUCUCCACGAGAACCACAGGCACACGUCUAACUCACUUGAGAUAAUCGUUUUUUGUCUCUAGAUAUUAUCGAAUUCUUAUGUUCAGAGUCAUAGUUUUGAUUUUGUUAGGAUUUAUACCAUAUGCUUGUAAGUUACUGCCUAAUUUUCUUGGGUUUUUCAUUUUCUCUCUUGGCUAUAUUAUGCAUUGCAGGUGAAGAGCCACCAGAGUCAGUGGUAGUCCCUGCCUAUAAGGCGGAGACUUAUGUUUUCACUCUAGUAUUUGAAAAUAUCUUCGUUCUCAGAUAUCGUGCCAGGCAAGGACAAUUUUUUAUUGUAUUGUCUGCUGUUAUUUCAUUAUUAAAAUAGUAUUUCUGCUGACUUUCCGUAUUUUUUGAUUGGUAGCUCAUAUUUUUGCCUGUAAUUUUUUGUAAUUCCAUUUAGAAAUUGUUCUUGCGACGAAUUGGAAAUGAGGAGAGGAAAAUAUUUAUUAAGUUUCUAAUGUUUUCGAAGUGUAGCCAUGUCUUUGUAAUGGGUCUUUGUAAUGGGUGGCGAUGGUGGACACAUAAGGAGGUAGGUGUCUAUGGCGAUGGGCUGGCAUGGGAGGCACAAUAUCAGACAUUUACAAAGGUUUUUGUAAUUUGCUGUCUUUGAAGCUUGUAUGGUUCCAUUUUAGGGCAAGUAUUCCUUUCUGGUAGGGAACAUGUUUUGUUGCAGACAUGCUGUAUUUGGACGUGGCACUCUAGAAAAAGGUAAUGCGGCUUGCUUGUGCUUCUACAUUUUCUAUGCAUUUUGUAGGUGGCUCGUUUCGUACCAUAAAUUAGCCAGAAUCAUUUUUCUUACUACAUGCGUUUAGAAAGCCAAUAUUUUGUUCUGCUCAUCAAUCAACUAUGCUGCAGUUGAAUUCAAAGGUUGCCUAGCAAAAAAUUGAAGGAUUUUAGUGGUUUCGUUGAAAUUUUGAGGGAUCUUAAGCCUUAAUGUCUUUCAAGUAGCUUGCAGUUAUUUCCCCAUAUCUGGUUUUUGGGUAAAUAAGUUAUGCUAAUUAUUUUGCAAGCUUUUAGGGUAAAUAUUCCAUAUUUUUGGCUCUUUAAUAUGGUGUUUUUUUGAGAUGGAUUGCUCUCUCCGUCCUAUGCAUUGAACGGGGGUGAAUUUCAUGUGGGGUUGACUAUUUUUAUAUAUCAGAGUUUUUGCUUUUUUGCUGGGAGGAAGUCUAGACUGGUUAUUGUUGCUUUAGAAUGAUACUGCAAAAGCUUAGAGGUAAGCAUACGUGUGUUGCAAGAAGCUCGUGAAUGUCCUAUUGAGGUGAAAUUAUGUCAGUUCCCUCAAGUUCUGAAAAUAACUAUGCAUUGGAAGGUACCAAUUCUAUUUCUUAUAACCCAAAAGAUACAUUAUAAUAUCAAGAAAACAAACAAAAGUCCUCUGAUACUAACUUGAUUAGAUGCAUUCUAGUACUUGUACAAAAGCAUAAAAAAUGGACUAAGAGGAGAAAAUUUGGAUUCUCUAGUGUGUGCCUUGCCCAUAUCCAACUUGUGUCUACUUUUCUACUAAAAGAUGUCUUUGUGCAGAUAGUAAAUAGGUGGAAGCGUUUAAAUUUAUAAUAUUAUAUUAUACAUGUUAAUGGUUUUUUUUGCUAUACUAAGUUAAAUUUAUUAUUGUUUUUUGGGUGUGCCCUGGUCUUUUCCAACUUGCCUAUAUAAUGCAUUAAUAGAUUUGUACGCUCUAUUCCAAGGCUAGUGUUUUGGCCAAGACAUUGUGGAAGUGCUCUGGUAGACAUCUACACAAAAAUAUUGUGGAAAUGCUUUGGUAGAUGUCCAUGAUCUAUUCCAAAGCUGGUGUUUUGGCCAAGACAAUGUAGACAUCUAUGCAAAAUUGUGAAAGCAUAAACAAGGUAUUGAACUGUGAUCUAUUCUAGGCCAAGAUUGCAAUAUAUGCAGAAAAUGGACUUUCUAAAAAGGCUUUACAAACUGUCUCGAGCAAAUGCAAUUGGAAGGUGCUCAGCCAAAUUCAACAACUUUUCAUGGCAUCUUGCCUUCCAGUGCCGAAAUGGGGGCUUUGGAAUAGGAUAUGGAGAUCUAUCAAAAGAAAUAAUGCUUAUUUUUGUCAAAUGUUAUAUUUGCAACUAGCCUUGUAGGCAUAUAUCCAAUAUGUGGACUCAUAGACUGGUCAAAUGAAGUUUGACAUGUGUCAAACAGAUUUGUGUAUUUGCAUUGUGAUAAUUAUAGAAGCAAUUGAGAAACUGUCAAAUUUGUUGGGCUUUACCGUUCUCCUCAGUAGUAUUCAGCCAAUGAUUUUAGGUAAAGCGAUUGCAGGGGUUUUAUAAAGCAUCUGUGCCCUCAACUGUGAAAGGCAAGUCCUUUUCUCUACUGCUUUUCCAGUGUUUUUUUUGUGUGUGUUAUCCUCUCAUUAUCUCUAAAACUGGAGAGUGUUAGUAAACAUGCUCUAUCUAUCCACUGGCUGGGAGAAAUCGGUCAUAAAAAUCUUUACUUUACCUUUUUCAGUAAUGGAGGUUGUGGUAACAGCUACUGUAAAACAUAUUUUACAAGUGCUUUUUCAAUUUCUAAUUGUUUGAGGGAUUUGUAUCGUACUGCAGGCAUAUAUAGGUUGUUGUGACUGCAGUCAAUCCAAAAUUGAUCGACAGAGCUGACAGAUGUCUGUUACUUACGGACUGUGUACUAUACCCACUAUAAAUGCUGGGCACCUGGAGCAAAUACAACAGGAAGAGUGCAGUUGUGGAAGGAUUCUUAGUGAUGAGGAUGCCUCACCUCUCUUCUCCACUUCCUUCACGAGAGGCACAAAAAGGCUUAUGGGCUGUCCAUCCUUAUCCCUUCUCAUACCCCCUCUCAUUUGCUACUCAAAAAUUUAAUCAACCAACUAAUCUCAUUUAUCAUUACACAAUUCAUUCAUUUCAAAUGCAGCCUCCACAUUGGAGAUCAGCAUUUUCUGUUAAUCUCUGCUCUUUUUUUUCAUGAGGUAGGGAAUCUAGCUGCAUCGCAGCCCAUCUUUAUGAAAGAGCUGAAGCGGCAUGGAAUGAAUCUAGCAUCGUUACUGGAAGAAGAUGAUAAAAUUCCAUACGGGCUAGGCAACAAAGAGACAAAAACGAGAAGAGGGCAGUGAUACUUUUGAAAACAGAAAAGAAAGAGUAACUUUUACAGGGACUAAUGUUUGCUGCCAAUUUAACCAGAGAGCACGUUCAAUGGCCUUCAACAGCGAAAGUCUUGAAGUGAGUUUUAUAUUGCCAUUGUUCUUUAGCCAAACGUUUCUUCAAUUUAUGAUUUGGAGAAACCAUGUACUUAAGUGGUUUCAUUACUGUAAUUUUGGGGUUCGAAAACUUCAAAAAUUCAAGGAGCAAUCACACACAUCUGACA